UAAAGGAUUGUGAAUUUGGAUCGGAUUCGCGUAUCUAAGCGAGGGGAAGUAAAAACGCAAAGCACUUCGAGGUUUGAGAAUGAAAAAGUGGAUGUUGAUAUAAAUAUAAAUUGUAUUACUCCUAUUUUUCAUGUAUAAAUACACCGCGUUUUGAAGUUGUAUAUUAGUGAUUCAAGUGACAAUAAAAUAGUGCUGGUAAUCUCAGUGAACAAGUGCCAAUAAUUACUAAAUAGAAAUAUAGAAGGGAAUAUUAGUGAAAUUUUAAUUUCAAAGCCCAAUCAAGCAUUUAAAUGGUCGAUUAUGAAAUUUUUUUGUAAAUUAUUACACUCUUCAUUUUCGCAUAUAUUCGGAAAGAAAAAGAAGAGGCUGAAGUUUUGAAAACAAUUCCAAAAUUAUUAUUUUUCAUUGCAUCAAAUGCAAUUUUUCAUUUUUCCGACUGAAUAGUACAAAACAGUAGGGAUAUAUAUAUUUUUUUUUGGAAUAUUAUUAAUUUUAAUUCGUUAACAAUUUUUAUUUAUUAUGAAACAAUUAUUUGAUUAAUUUUAUUUUUGGUUUUCGAAUAAAUUUUGUAUAAUUUCGGGAAUAAUAUAAAAAUGAACGGGAAUAUUAGAAAUGGCCAUCGUAAUCGGACAUAUCCCCAUACUCAGUACACGUCAGUAUUGCACGGUCAAAAUAGUUUGAAGAAAAAGAAUAAAGGAUGGUUUGGAACGAGGCAUAUGGUUACCUUCAUGCUUUUCCUUGGUAUGGCAAAUGCAUACAUCAUGCGAACAAAUAUGUCUGUGGCGAUCGUGGCAAUGGUUAACCAUACCGCCAUUGGUGGAAGCAACCAUGAUUCAGCUAUCUCCGUAGAUGAUGAGUGUGGAGUUAUAGCUGAUAACUCCUCAGGAACAACAGCAAAAACCGAAACGGAGGGAGAAUUUCUAUGGCCGACCGACAUUCAAGGUUAUGUUCUCAGUUCGUUUUUCUACGGCUAUGUGAUAACUCAAAUACCCUUCGGAAUAUUGGCCAAGCGUUACGGAAACAUCUACUUUUUGGGAGUGGGCAUGUUGAUCAAUUCGUUGUUCGGUCUUCUGGUGCCCAUUUCCGCCAAAAUGGGAAUCUGGUGGCUGAUAGUGGUCAGGUUUAUACAAGGCCUGGGUGAGGGUCCUAUUGUCCCAUGCACGCACGCUCUCCUGGCAAAAUGGAUCCCUCCAAAUGAGAGAAGCAGAAUGGGAGCAUUCGUUUAUGCAGGAGCACAAUUUGGAACUGUGAUAUCGAUGCCUCUCAGCGGUCUUUUGUCAGAAUGCCGAUACGGCUGGCCGUCUAUAUUUUACGUAUUUGGCUCAGUGGGCACCGUUUGGUGCGUAUUCUUCUUAUUAAUCGUCCGUGAAGAUCCCGAAAGCGACCUCAAAAUCAAAGUAGAAGAACGAUUGUAUAUACAAAAAGAGUUGGGAAGUAAAGUUGGUCUACCGAUUCCACCGAUACCAUGGUCCUCCAUCGCCAAAUCUUUACCAUUCUACGCGAUAUUAUUAGCCCAUAUGGGGCAUAAUUAUGGUUAUGAAACGCUUAUGACCGAGUUACCAACGUACAUGAAGCAAGUUCACCAUUUUAGUAUUAAAGAUAAUGGAGUUUUAUCAGCUCUUCCUUAUUUGGCCAUGUGGAUUUUCUCCAUCUUUAUUAGCCACGUUGCAGAUUUUCUACUCACGAAGCCUUAUUUCACUCAUACCAUCGUCAGAAAACUUAUCAAUGGAAUUGGUCAAUAUGGUCCAGCAGUUGCCUUGGUAGCAGUUUCCUAUACUGGAUGCGAUAAAUGGUUGACAGUUGCGAUUUUGAGCGUGGGAGUCGGUCUGAAUGGUGGAAUUUACUCUGGUUUUAAAGUUAAUCAUUUGGAUAUAUCGCCUCAAUAUGCAGGAAUUUUAAUGUCUUUCACUAAUUGUAUGGCGAAUCUCGCUGGUUUACUGGCGCCGAUUUAUGCCGGCCAUGUUGUAGUCGGAACGCCAAGUAUUAGCAAAUGGAGGACCGUAUUCAUUACAGCCGCUAGCGUGUACGCGGGAUGUUGUACAUUCUACGUGUUCUUCGCUUCAGGAGAACGCCAACCUUGGGACCAACCCGCAGAAUUUCCAGUGACAAAACGAAAAGAAAACGAUGAACCCGAAGUUGUUACCACUCAUGCUUAAAAAAAAGUAUUUUAAUAAAAAUGUGAUUUUAUUCUAGGUGCAGUAGUUGUAUAUUGUAUUUAGAAUCCACUUACGUGAAUUGCCUAGUUUGUUUUUUUUUAUUUCGUGUGAUAGUACCGGUUGAAAGAGUAGAUGAAGAUGUUUAAAAAUUUUUACUAUUCUUUACCAUUAUUUUGAUUUAAUUGAAGGUCAACUGUAUUAAUUACUUCGAGGUGGAUCGACAUAAAUAAAUUGGAGAAAAAAACAGAUCGUUAUAAAAGAUAGUUUAUAUAUAAUUUUCUUGGCUUGUUUGAUUAAAAACGAGCUAGUUCAUUUGCUCAAAUUGUUAUUAAAUUUUUAUUAAUAUUUAAAAAAAACAUGAGCUUUUUCACGUAAGUGAUAUUUUUUUAUUGUAGUUUAGACCUAAAAGGUCGCAUUAGCGUAGAUUUGUUUGUAAAUUAUCUUUACCAAGAGUAUUUUUGAAGCUAGUUAUACUAGCGUUUUAUAUUAUUAUAUACUUAUUAAAAAAAGAAAGUCAUCCUAGAUGAAUGUGCCUUAAAAUUUGAUACUACACAUUUUUCAAUGUACGGGUUCACAUUUCGCAGUGAGGAUGUUUGAUUGUUAUGUAUUUAUUGUGUAAUGGUAUUAUUAUUGCUAGUGAUGAAAAUAAAAAUUUACAUUUUGAUUA